AUGUUGCUGGGCGAGGAUGAUUGGACAAACUGUGCAGAGCAGAUUAACCUGCCCAAGAAAGCUCUGUGCCAAUGUACCACCUGUGCUUUAGAAGCCUGGAAAAAGAUCCCAAUUCUUGCCUCUGUUGCCCCCUAUAAAGGCCCUUGUGUGCCCUGGUUGGAUAUACUGAUCCGGGCACCAGCCAAAGGAGACACAAUGCUACCCCCCAGCCUUUCCAGGCUGCUCUUCCUCUGCCUGCUGCUCACAGAUCUGGUCCUGGGCCAGACCACUCAAGGGAUCACUGCUCCCCAGACCUCCUGCCCUGAAGGAUCCAAGGCCUAUGGCUCCCAUUGCUAUGAAGUAUUCCAGGAGUCAAAGAGCUGGAAUUCUGCAGAGCUGAAAUGUCAGCACCGGAACUCAGGCCAUCUCUUGUCCUUGAUGACGGAGUCAGAAGCUGCCUUUGUGGCUGCCCUCGUCACCAAGAGCCUCGGGGAGAGGCAGAAUUUCCUCUGGCUUGGCCUUUAUGACCCCUCUCAGAACCGCCGCUGGCGCUGGAGCGACAACGCUCUGCUCACUCUAAAUGCUUGGGAGAGAGGAGCCCCCCGAAAGACCACGCUCCGCUUCUGUGCGAGUCUGUCCCCGCACUCAGGGUUCCUAAAGUGGAAGGAUCAAAACUGCAGCGACGACUUUCCCUUUAUCUGCAAGUUCUCAGCCUAGAGUGGCUGAACAGCACAGGGGUGCUGAAGGCACUGGAGGGAGGAGGGAGCUGACGCGGAAGCUCCUGUGAAGCUAGGAAUGGGCUCAGCAGCGCGGGAUCUAGCUCUGCCCUCCCAAAGACCCCCUCCUCCCUCCCCUCCCUCCCUUCUUCCCUUCUCCUUUUCCCUCCUUUCCCCUGUUUUCCUCUUCCUUCCCUUCCUCUCCUCUCCUCUUCAGCCUCCCCUCCCCACCUGUGGCCUCUCCUCCUUUUCCUUCCCUUUCCUGUGGGCAUCACGUCCCAGCGCACGAACUACAUGUAUCAAAAUAAAUCUGUCUUCU